AUAAACCUGAGAAUGUGUUGAACUUCAAUCAACCUGUUGUUAGCACUGCGACAAAUUCCGGUAGUGGUAUGUUGGGGAAGACGGUCACCGGUGUCAUUGAAGCAACUUUUAAUGAUGGAUUUCUUGUUAAUGUUAAGGCGCCAGAUUCUGAUUCUUUUUUAAGAGGAGUUGUGUUUCUUCCUGGUCAAGUUAACCCAGUUACCGCAGAAACUGAUGUGGCUCCUCAUGUCCAAAUGAUCAGCAGAAAAGAGUUUCCAAUUCCAAUGCCAAUGCCAAACCGUCAAACUAGUGAGGUACACAGUUCUCUUCCCUCAUUACAAACUAUGGAGCCAAUACCGGUGCCUUUUUCUGGAGAGCAUGUGCUACCGACUGAGGUCCAUACCACCAGUAUCUCAGUGCCACCGGCUGAACAUGUGAACCAAUCUUCCUGUCUCAAUUCAUAUACGGACUGCGACAAAACUGUUGAACAAAGCGAUAAAUUGCGUGAACUUGACGCCUCUACACAGGUACAAGAAUCCAGUGCUGAUGCAAGGCCUGCAUCUGAAACCAUGAACCUGUUACCGACAAUUGAAAACACUGAUAAGGAUCUCACAAAUGAACAGCAUGUAUUUUCUUCUGAGAAUCAGUUGAAUGAGUUAGUUCAUAAUGAGCCAAAUAGUUCAAAUGUGGAACUCAAUUUGGCUUCCGUAUCUGCUGAACCUCAAUCCAUGCCAUCUGAACAGACUAUAAAAUCGGUUGAAAAUUUUGCGGAGAAGCAGAACUUACCAGAAACAGAUGUACAAGAAGAUGCAAAGACAAAGCUUGUUUCUAUUGAGACUUUGAGCAAAGUUGAUGAUACCUCAAGCUCAAAUGGAAAACCAAGUACUGGUAUUGUUAAUAUUCUUGAAGUGGUACCAAGUCAUGCAGUUGAGACCAACCAACCUGAACUCAUGCAAUCUGAACAGAUUAAUCAAUCUGAUCCUGCUGGCUCCAAGAUUUCAUCCGAAGGAUGCGACUUCACGGAAAAGAGCGAUCCUCAAAACUGUGGCUCUAUUGGUGACUUUAAUAAGGUGGAUUUUAAUUGUCCUACUGAAUCUUUAGUUGAUGCAGUGCCUUCUGAGAAACAGAUUGGAGCAGACACUUAA